AUUAGUUUAUAUUCGGUGACACGUUCAUUAUCAAUAUUUUCUCAUUUCUAGCCGAAAAGUCCAGCCUUUUUGACUUGUUUUUAAUUACUAAUUAGGUUUUGACGUGUCAAAAUUUUAUUAAAAAAUUUAAUUGUUUGUCUUGAAAUUUUGAAAAAAAUAAAAAUAAAUUGUGUUUGAAUAUUAAAAUACAUUUUUUAAAUUUAUUCUUUUUUUUCUAUUAUUUAAAUGGCCUCUUGUGAGUUUAAAAACAGGAUAAAAUGUGUUAUAUUGAUUGGAGGACCUUCGAAAGGCACAAGAUUUCGUCCACUUUCGCUAGAUAUUCCAAAACCAUUAUUUCCAAUUGCGGGAUUACCAAUGAUUCAACAUCACAUUGAAGCGUGUGCAAAAUUAGAAAAUUUAAGUGAAAUUGUAAUAAUUGGUUCAUAUCAUUUUUCAGAAAUACUUGAUUUUAUACAUGAAAUGAAAAAUUUAUAUUCAUUAACAAUAAAUUAUUCACAAGAAUCAACACCACUUGGCACUGCCGGUGGUUUAAAUCGUUUUUGUGGUCAAAAAUGUGAUAAUACAGAAUAUCUUUUUGUAAUGAAUGGCGAUGUUUGUGCUGAUUUUCCACUUCAGGAUUUAUUAAAUUUUCAUUGUGAAAAAAAAGCAUUAAUAACAAUAAUGGCAACUGAAACAACACGACAACAAUCGUCAAAUUAUGGUUGUAUGGUAUUGGAUAAACAUAAUGAGGUUCAUCAUUAUGUUGAAAAACCAUCGACAUUUGUUUCAUCAUUAAUUAAUUGCGGUGUUUAUGUAAUGCAAACGAACAUUUUUCAUGAAAUGUAUCAUUUGUUUAGAACUGAUCAGGAAAAGCAAAAUGUUGGUGAACAUUUAAAUGGUAAUAAUAAUGGUGCAGCAUGCCUUUCUUUGGAAGAAGAUAUAUUUACAAAAUUAGUGGGUACUGGAAGAAUGUUUGCAUUACCUGUGAAAAAUUGGUGGUCACAGGUAAAAACUGCAGGCGCUGCUAUUUAUGCAAAUCGACAUUAUCUUUCACUUUAUCGAGAAAGAAAACCAGAUCGAUUGACAUCAGUUAUAAAUCAUGAAGAUAAAAUUAUUGGCGAUGUUUAUAUUCAUCCUACAGCCACAGUUGAUCCAACAUGUGUGUUGGGUCCCAAUGUUUCGAUAGGAGAAAAUGCAUUUAUUGGUCGUGGCGUGAGAAUAAGAGAGUCAAUUGUCCUUAAUAAUGCAAAAAUUCUUGAUCAUUCAAUUAUUUUGAAUAGUAUCAUUGGAACAUAUUGUUUUGUGGGCGAAUGGGCACGUGUUGAGGGUACACCUUGUGAUCCAAAUCCAAAUAAACCAUUCGCCAAAAUGGAGAAUCCACCAUUAUUUAAUGAUAAUGGAAAACUCAAUCCGGCGAUUACAAUUCUCAGUUCUAAUGUGAAUUUAGCAAGGGAAAAAUUUGUAUUAAAUUCCGUUGUGCUACCACAUAAAAAGCUCACGAGAAACUACAAAAAUGAAAUUGUUCUUUAAAUUAUAGAUAGAAAAAAUAUAUUUUAAAAAGUAACAAUUUUUUUUUUCAAUUAGAAAAAAAAUAUUGUUAUUUAUAUUUGUGAGAUUUUUUUUUUUUUUU